ACCCCAGGCCGUCGUCGUGGUUGCGCGGUUUUUUUGUGUGCUGCUUCGCAGAGUAAGAAGAGAGAGAAUUAGUGCGGACGAUCAUCCCCGUCGUUGGUUGUUGUUUCGCUGUGUCUAACUGGGCACCCAUGUGCUGUGCGUGAUUCGAUUCCGAUUCGGAUCUUCCUCUCGGUGUGUCCUCUCGGGGGUGUCCGCGAAAACAAAACAAAGUGCUAUAAGAUAAAUCUCCUACGGUUUUUCUUGUGCUGCUGUUGCCCAAGCCUAGAAGUCCCUAAUCGAGAGGUUCGUUGCCUACCGUAUGUGCACGAACCCAGUCCAGCAGCCGUCGUCGUGUGGUAGAUUGCAUCGAAGAGCAGUGUAUGUGAGGCCUGCUCCUGGUGAAGGAUACUUUUCCCGUGUUUUGCGUUGCGAGGGAGUGUGACACCAACGGUGAAGUGAGUCGGCGAGAAUCGUGAUUACGGUUUCGCCACUUUAAUCAUGCAAAGUGUUAAUCCAUUAAAAUUGUGAAUAGCGAAAUAGUAGCACCAGCAUUGGCAGCUGAAGUCUAUGGGAUCAAACUGGAUUGAAUAAGACCCACUGGGCUUUUGAAACGCCAUUGAAUGCCAAAUCCGAACCCCCGUAUUGGUCUAGCUAGCGCGUUUGGGGGUGUAGAACGUUGAGUUAUGGCGCUUAUGCAAAGUGCGUACUGCGGUACUAGUUCGGAAGCUACGCCGGCCAGGCAAAAGAUCGGCCACCGAGUCGAAGCGAUUUGAAGAGAGUGCAUCGAGGAUUGUUUCUCAGUGACAUCACCCGUUAUCGAAAACCAAAACCCAUUGUGAAGAGUGUAAUACGUACUACAGAUAGCGCGCAAGAAUUGAUAUUAGUGUAUCGUCAAAUAACUAAAGAGUGAAAACUUGAAUAACAGUGCACGCGAAUCGUGCACCCUCUUGUAGUGUUUGUUUAGUGCCAGGUGUGUGAAUCGUGCAAACUUAUUGCAAGAUGAUGGAUGCAUCGGCAGUAGAAGCCCGCGGUUGGUACGACAACCAACGGCUAGCGGCGGAGAGUUCACUCGGCCCGUCGGCAGCUGCAGCAGCGGCGGCGGCGGCCUCGCUCGGGCAGCAGUCCGGUGCCGGCGCGGUCGAUACGUCCGACAUGAAUGCAUUCUAUCGGUUCGAGAAUGGUGCAGCGGCGGCCGCAGCGCACCGGCGGUACUACCCGACCGGCUACGGAACGCACGCCUCCCGGAUGUCACCGCAUAUGGCUCCACAAGUGUGCCGGCCGCACUUUCCCAGCCCGCUGUCCUGGUUCAACGAGUCCACGAAGUCUUUCGGAGCCGGUGGUAGCUGGAGUAGCCCCUUCAGCUGUCCCCAGGACCCGCAAGACACCAAGCAAAGCCAGCUGCAGAGCAGCCAAUCUGCAGCCGGUCAGCAUUUGUUCUCAUUCCCGCCAACUCCACCGAAGGACUCCACGCCGGACUCCGUACAAACUACACCGACCGAGUACCAAACCACCCUGAACAGUUUUAUGCACCAGAGCCAAACGUCGGCGUCCAGUGGGUUGAACGCCGGUUCCAGCUCGAACAACAAUAACAACAACAACUCCAGCCUAUCGUCGCAAGCGGAUAACUGUGGCAUCGAUGUGAAACCCUGCCUAACCGGAGGAUCGCUCGGUGACCGAACCGGUGCGUCCGAGGUAGAACAGAACCAGCCAAAACAUCGGGAAGGUACGAACAGCAACAGCAAUAACAACAACAAUAGUUCCGCGUCCAGUGCCAAUAGUCAUGGCGGAAGUGGCAGCGGUAGUAGUGCCACCAGUGGAGCGUACCAAAAUUCCGCCAACUCGUUCGGCAUGUUCGAUCAGACGCACGGCGGCAGCGGGUACGAUCACACCGGGGGCUACGGGUUCCACCAAAGUGGCCACGGUAUCGGAGGGGGCGGCGUCGGCGGUGGUGGUGGCGGUGGGGGUCUCGCUGGCAAUGGGGGAUCCUACCAGCAGAGCUCCCGACCACCGCUCAUGAACAGCUCCCACAUGAAGGCGCAACGGGCCAAAGCGAAAUCCAGUGCCGAAGGCCGAGAGUGCGUCAACUGUGGUGCAACCUCAACGCCCCUAUGGCGGCGGGACGCCACCGGUCACUACCUGUGCAAUGCCUGCGGGCUGUACUACAAGAUGAACGGCCAGAACCGGCCGUUGAUCAAGCCCAAGCGGAAACCAGUUACCUCCCAGCAGAGUGCUGCCCGGCGGGCGGGAACAUCGUGCGCCAACUGCAAAACCACAACCACCUCGCUGUGGAGGAGGAACCAAAGCGGAGAACCAGUUUGCAAUGCCUGUGGACUGUACUACAAGUUGCAUAAUGUGGAUCGACCGCUCACGAUGAAGAAGGAAGGUAUCCAGACGAGAAAUCGGAAACUGACGGCCAAAUCGAAAAAACGGAAAUCCACCCCCGGCUAUAGCUUUUCGUUCGGUGAUCUCAUGAACCCGCUGGACCACAACAAAUCUUUCCCGGGCCCGUUCCCGUCGUCUAUGGGACAACACGCGCAUCUCUCCGGUGGACUGCAUCCUGCCCAUUCGCACAUGCACAGCGGUUGGUACGCGACCGGACUGGGCUCGCUGGGAUCGUCGAGUAGUCUGCAGAACGGGUUCAGCAGUGGGGCACCGCUGGGAACGGGAGCAGUGGCACAUCCGCAGUCCUACCAUCUCGGGCUGAAUUCGAUGAGCUGGCGAUCGGAAUACACGUGACUAAUGGGACAGUAAAUUAGAACCAGAAUUAUAAAACCACCACCACCAUCGCCUUUUGGGUCGCAUCAGUGACCCGGAAGGCACUCGCUGCCCGUUCGCUCAUCGAAUCGAUCGCCCAACCGAAAGAAGCAAAUCAAACACGGGUUCUUCCCGGCAGCAAACCGACUUGGCUUCAUCCGUGCGUGCCAGCGCCCGCGUGGCACUCGCUCUCAAACAAACACAACACAGCAAUAAGUUUGAUAUUAGUACAAUUUUAGAUUUUUACGAAAACCGACUCCGGCACUCGCUCCGCUUACACACGCCCCGAUAAUUCCCCCCAAGCAAAUGGUAAUUACAAAUGAUUUAUCGUCAUCGUCUUUAUCCUUCCAAAAUCGCUCCCUCUCCUCUGCCUCCCAUAGCAGCAGCUGUCUAAUCAUCUCCACCACGAAAAUCGCGCUUUCCGCUACCGAGCCAAGCAAAAAGCAUUUCACGGUAAUUGAAUUUUUGGCACUAACGAACACGUUUUCCAAAAUCUUACGUUGCAAACGAUUUGUGUCGCAGUGUUCGUUCCGAUUUUUGCCAUCAAUCUCACAGGAAAUAAGCGCGAGUGUUCGCGAAACGCGUAACAUCAACGCCCGCCCGCACCGCCACCGACUGGAUUGAGUGCGAUGGAGUAUCGUAUAACCCCCCAACUCCACCCUAAAUCAGAUAGUACGCUGAAACGAAGGCGCCUGGAAAACCGUUUAUCUGUUCGUUAGCGCCAACGAAAAAUCCAAAUCUGUCAAAACAGGAGCAAAAAUGCGCUUAUCGGAUUGUGGAUCUCCUGCCGGUUGUGAUGGACGAGUUAUGACUAGCUCCUGCUCCCAAAAAAAACCCCGUUCCCACUCCCCACCCGUUUCACAAACUGAAACAGAAAACAGAAACGGAGAGUGUAACAUAAACCACCAGCAACCCACAAAUGCAACAAAAACUAAAAUAAAUAUAAAAACGCGAACCAUCGUUCGCUAUGGUUCGUUGGGUUGCUGUCAAAAAGUGCAAAGAUUUAGGUAGUUUAAUCAUCUUAGGUUUUGUUUUUCGCUCUUUUCGUAAGUGAGGAAAGUUUUUAUUUUAUUAAAUUUUAUUUUAUUGUCUAAUAUUAUUGCUAUAUUAUUAUCUGUUGUAGCUCGAAAUUGCGUUAGUUAGCACAAAUUGAGAAGAUGCAGCAACCUUGCAGGUUUAAUUUCUAAGUAGUCAGAGACUGUUGCAUGAAAAAGGUGUAAAACUUGCAAAUAGAAUUAAGCUCAAAUAAAGCGAUUUAUAAUGGAAAAUUAAAAAAAAUACAAACAAUGGACUUUUGUAAUAAAAAAUAUCUGUACAAAGUGUAUAUUGAAACUGAAUGGACAAAUAGCUACGUAGUACGUGUAUAUACCUUGGAGGAAAAAAAACUAUAUGGAUGAAUAAAAACUUAAAACAUAGUUCAGCUCAAUAUGAAACAAAAAAUAUCGGAUUUUAAAAACACAGAACAGAAAACGAAUACAACAAAAAAAAAUAACACGGAAACUUUCUUAGUGCAUCAUUUUAUGGGAAUAUGACUUCUUCUGUAAUUGGAAUGUGAACCCACUGCCAUAAAAAAAUUUAUUUAAAUAAUUGUUGUGAUCUAUUGUGAUAAGGAGGCAUACAAAUAAAAACAAAAAUCAGUGAAUGAAAAAAAAA